GGAAGCUUGUUAUAAUUUUGCAAUGGCAGUAGAUAAAUCGCCCGAGGUAUCUGCAGGCUUAUUAAAUACAGUCCUAGAAGGACUCAUUAGUAGUGAAAAUAAACACACUUUAUGCGAAACUUACAACCAGUGUUCGAAUAUUGCCCACGUUGACCCAUUGCUGGCCAUGGACGUGCCGUCUACAACAACAACAACCCCAAAUGAUCAUCCGUCUAGGGACAUCAAUAGCCGAACACAGAAAGAAUCUUCGAGUUUUGAUUCGGCAAUCAGUGAUGAGAUAAUUUCUACUGAACCUUGUAUGUUCCUGAAUAUGACUAAGGAUGUUACAGAAAACUCGCAGGCAGAUUCGGUAAUUAACGAUGACAUAUUCGCACCCCAAUCAUGUGAUAUUAGACGCAGAAAUACUUCAACGCAAUUGAUAAACCGCUGCGCCACGGAUGAAUCUAGUCAGACACUAGAGACCAACGAUACUGGCCAUGUGUCUCUUUCAAAAAUACCCAAAUCGCAACCUGAGGAAUAUCGAUCAGCAGGAGUAACAUCACUUUGUGAAAAUCUGCAAUCUAAAAAGUUAGAUGAUUCAAAAACGGAAAUUAAAUAUUACAACCAGUUUAUGGCAUCGUCAUCCAAAAUCGUUGAUGCAAAGUUAGGUACGAUUUCGGUCGAUUCUAAGUUUGUAACUCAUUUUGAUCCAAAUCCCAAUCGAAAACCGACACCAGAUGAGAUCCAAUACAGUGUUCCACAUAUUCCAAGAUUUAGCGUUCAGACGCAUAAUAAAACGGAAAAUCUAGAGCUAACAUUGAUGAAAAGAGAAAUAGAAAUGCGCCUCCGUGCCAAUGACUUAUCUUGGGUUACACAACGAGCAAUUCGGGAAGAAAGCUCACGCGUAAAGAAAGUUUGCCAGAAUAGUCAGGACUUGGAGCAGCAGUUACUACGUUAUGGUACAAAGUUAACUCUCAAUCAGCUUAUUUUAGAUUAUGAUAAAGAAAAGAAAACUUUUAUUAGAGUGCAUCCUGAACUGGUAGCAAAAAUGAAACCUCACCAAAAGGAAGGGGUGAAAUUCAUGUACGAAUGUUGCUACGGCAGCGUAUCGGACAGUAAGUUGUCGAAGGGAUCCGGUUGUAUUUUGGCGCAUUGCAUGGGUCUGGGCAAAACGCUCCAAGUAAUUGCUUUGAUUAACACGGUAAUCAGCUAUCCACAAACGAACACUAAGCGGAUCAUAGUAGUUUGUCCUAAAAGCACUGUAAUGAAUUGGGAUCAAGAAUUUCGAGACUGGCUCGAGGAUGUCGAUUGCAGUGUGCAUCUGCAUGUUUCAUAUUUUCCGGAUAGUUCCAAUAUUGAUAAAAAAAUGGAAGUGUUGAAAAGGUUUCACGAUGUGUCUGGUAAGAAUGCCAGUUGUUUGCUGAUUGGUUACGAAGCUUACCGAUCCUUGAUAUUCUACGACGCCAAGAACAAGCAUGGAGAGCGCCAAUCCGACCGUAUUCGCGCUGAAGUUCGUCGGUAUUUGAUCAAUCCCGGGGCUGACGUGAUCAUUCUUGAUGAAGGUCACAUGAUAAAAAACCGAAAAUCAAUGACUAAUCUGGCAAUAGCAGAAGUCGCUACAAAACGGAGAAUCAUCUUAACUGGUACACCAAUUCAGAAUAAUCUUAAAGAGUACUUCUGUAUGGUGAGUUUUGUAAAACCAGCCUAUUUGGGCAGUGAACGCGAGUUCAACGAACACUACGCUAGACCAAUCAUAGCCGGGCAGCACAAAGAUUCUAAUCCCGGUGAAAUAAAAUUAAUGAAAAUGAAGUCAUACAUACUCCAUAAACACCUUAUGGCGUUCGUGCACCGGAAAGAAUUUUCUGUGUUGAAGGAUUUUCUACCUAAGAAAUAUGACUACGUGAUUUAUGUACCUUUAACACCGGUGCAGGAGGAUUUAUACGAAGAGUACCUGCGUAGAAAUCCGUUUCGACGGGAUGUUGGUGGUUUGAACUUACUGGAGGAUUAUACUUUUUUACGGAAGAUUUGGACUCAUCCGAUCGUACUGGAGCGUGCAUGGGAAAAUGCUAUGAAGAGAAAAUAUGGUGUUAUCCCAAAAAAGCGCAUUGUCCGUGGUUUUGACAGCAGUUCCGAAGACGAAGAUGCAAGCGAUGACGACAACACGCGUUGCAUAACAAACGCUUGGUGGAAACAAUUCAUCAGUGCAGAUGACCUGGAAUCAAUUUUCCCGAGUAAUAAAAUGUUGUUACUGUUCGAAAUUCUCAAGAUGUGUCAAGAACGUGGAGAAAAGUGUCUGAUAUUUUCCGGUUUUGUCAUGGUUCUUAACAUGGUGGAGCAUUUCAUGAAGAAAAUCGAUGAGCAAGCUACAAAUCCGAAAGCUGCUCUCCAUGGUUUAACGAAUUUUCGUGGACCAUGGCGUCCGGAAAUAGAUUAUUACCGCAUUGAUGGAGGUACGGCUAAAUCGACACGUCACGAAAUGGUUACAAAAUUCAACGAUUUAAACAAUCGCGUUACACGCGUAUUUUUGAUUUCCACUAAGGCCGGCGGGCAAGGCAUAAACUUAGUUGGAGCCAAUCGGGUUGUUAUUUUAGAUACUUCCUGGAAUCCUGCUGUUGAUCAGCAAGGAAUCUUUCGAAUCUAUCGUCUGGGUCAAACGAAGACCUGUUAUAUUUAUCGCUUACUAGCAAUUCACACAAUGGAAGAAAAAGUUUACUCCCGGGCAGUUACCAAAGAAGCAACGAGUCAUCGGGUAGCGGACAAGAAACAAGUUGACCGAAAUUACAGUAUGGCGGAGCUUGAAGAGUUGUACCAUUUUGAGCGUGUUGACAUGGCUGCUCGCGAAAACCCUUCUCCCGCUGAAGAUGAUCUAUUAUCCGUUUUGUUGUGGAAACAUCACAAGCUGAUCUACCGCUAUCACACUCAUGAGAUAAUGCUGGACAAUAAAACUGAAAAAGAUUUAACUGAGCUGGAGAAAAAGUUAGCUUGGUUAGAAUUCAAAAAGAAAGGCUUAACUAAUAGUCUGGAAAUGGGACUUUUUGGUGUGUCAUACAGUCAAAUAGAUUCACAGUUUGAAUCGGGGGCUGAUUCCCAAUUAAUCUUUUCAACCAAUGAAGAUUAUCAUAACCUCAACUCAUCAGACGAAUUGUCCAACGAGGAGGUUUCUACCCAAGAAGAAUCAUCUAUUUUUGUCAAGAGGUUAGACCUUGAUGAAAACGCUUCUUCUAUUUUUGGAGAAGAUCCAUACGAAGUGUCCAGUGUUAGAUCGACGAGUAUUAUCGCAGAAGAACGUAUGAAGUUUAAAUCAAAAAUACGGGAGCCAUCGCGUAUAAUUGUAACUGUAGCGGAAGUAGAACUAUUGCGUGAACUUGAAGAAAACAAGUUACGCACCGAGAACAUAACUAAACAGCGAGCCACUGACGUAGUUGCCAAAGAUACCGCUCGGCCCUUGGAUUCGAAAGUUUCACGCAAUGUUUCACACGCUGAAGAAAAUUCAACCGCCCUUGAGAAACCGAUUAUGGAUGUUUCUUCGCGGGAUUACGAAACCGAUACCACAUUAUGCUCGUUGAUCGAAUACGAUCCGAUUGGUGACACUGGAGAGCUCAAAUCAGUCCCAGCCAUCGAUUCAAAGGAUACGAGCGUCGUAGAACCUACUUCUUAUGAAAUCUUCGAAGCUGAUAUUUUAAAAGGUUCAAGUGUGGCGACAAGCACGGCCAAAGCUCAACCAGUGGUAGUGGAAGUAGUGUCCAGCUCUCCUUUCCUGGGAAGAGAACCGAUAAUGACACGCGCCAUGAGGCGUCGAACCGCUGAAGCUGAACCUACUGGCCUUCGUCGCAGCAAAAGAAAUAGGAAAUGUUGAACAAUAUCAUUAACUACGAUUAGUAAUGUCUUAUUCAGUCAUGUAAAGCGACUGUCCAAGAGAGAAAAAAAGUCAGCAAAAUGAUUUAUCGAAAAAAGGUCAUUUCCAGAUAACCAAUAACUUGGUGUUCGAAAGCGAAAAAUCAAUAAAAGUGGUUUUCAAUGUUUUUUUGUUUUGUUUAUUGUUGAAACAAAUUCAGGAUUUUAUUCCUCGCGGUAGAGAAACAUAUAUGAGUAUUCUCUUUGCUGUUUUAACUGUUAUUAUAUGGACAUCGUAGGU